AUGGGAAAGCACGACAAGAAGUCCGGAAAGGGACGUCUUGACAAGUUCUAUCGUCUCGCCAAGGAGCAGGGCUAUCGUGCCCGUUCAGCCUUCAAGCUUGUGCACCUGAACCGCAAGUAUGACCUCCUCUCCAAAUCGCGCUGUGUUAUCGACCUGUGUGCGGCCCCCGGUGGUUGGCUCCAGGUUGCCGAAAAGUACAUGCCCAAGGGCAGUCUGAUCAUCGGUGUCGACCUUGUCCCCAUCAAGCCUCUGCCCCAUGUCAUCUCGUUCCAGGCCGACAUUACCACUCCCCACUGUCGCAACACCCUGCGCCAGCACAUGCACGACUGGAAGGCCGACCUUGUUCUCCACGACGGUGCCCCCAACGUUGGUGCCGCGUGGGUGCAGGACGCUUUCACCCAGAACGAGCUUGUGCUCCAGUCGCUGAAGCUCGCGACCGAGUUCCUCGCCAAGGGUGGUAGCUUUGUCACCAAGGUCUUCCGCUCGCAAGACUACAACAACCUGAUGUGGGUCUUUGGCCAGCUCUUCACCCACGUCGAGGCCACCAAGCCCCCAUCGUCGCGUAACGUUUCCGCCGAGAUCUUCGUCGUGUGCCGCGACUUCAUUGCGCCCAAGCACAUUGACCCCAAGUUCCUCGACCCCAAGCAUGUCUUCAAGGACCUUGCCUCCCUUCCCACCACCAUCACCGACGCUCCUGCUGCGUCUGGCAUCCCUGGCGUCGUUGCCACUCAGGCCUCGACCUCGGCUGCCGCCAACGCCAUUGCUCGCAUGGCUGCCAGCAACCACGCUCACGCCAACGUCUACGCUCCCGAGAAGAAGCGCCGUCAGCGUGAAGGUUACGCCGAUGGCGACACCAUGCUCUUCCACAAGUCCACUGCGGCCGACUUUAUCCGCACCCAGGACCCCGUCUCGCUCCUCGGAAGCAUGAACAUGAUCGAGUUUGUCACCGACGAGGAGAAGGCUUGGCUCAAGUCUCGCCACACCACGCCUGACAUUAUUGUCAACUGCGAGGACCUCAAGGUUCUCGGCAAGAGCGACUUUAAGCAGCUCAUGAAGUGGCGUCUCGCCAUUCGUCUGGAGAUUGGUCUUGACGUCAAGGCCAGCGCUGCCGGUGACGCCACGGAGGAGGUUGAGGUUGAGGAGAUUGAUGAAGAGGAGCAGAUCACCCAGGAGCUCAAGAAGCUCCACGAGGAGAAGGCGUCCAAGCAGAAGCGUGAGAAGAAGCGCAAGAACGAGAUCAAGACCAAGACGAUCCAAAAGCUCCAGCUUGGAAUGACCGCCCCUACCGACCUCGACAUGGGCGACAACGCUCUCGAUGGUGAGGAGAUGUUCGACCUCGGCGAAGGUGAGCGCGAGCUCGAGCGCGCCGGCGGCAAGAACAUUCGCGAUGCUGUUCGCGACGCCGACGGCAUGUCUGAGUCUGAGGACGAGGCCCGCGAGCCUGAAGAGGAGGACGACGACGAGGUUCUGUCCUCGGAUGAGGAGCGUGAGCUCCGUACUCGUGCCCUCGAGGGCGAGCUUGACGGUCUCUACGACGACUACAAGGACCGUAUGGCCGAGCGCGACGCCAAGUGGAAGGUCAAGCAAAUGCGCCUCAAGGACCGCAACUACGACUCGUGGCACGGUAUCCGUGAGGGUAGCGACAGCGAGGACGACGGCGUCGACAAGGGGUACCGUGACCAGAAGAUGGUCCGCAUGCCCCGUCGCGGUGAUGCCCCCGAUGAGGAGGAGGCAGAAAGCUCGGACGGUGGUUGGGACCUUGUGGCCCAGCAAAAGGCCAAGCUUGGCGAGGACGACGACAGUGAUUCGGACGCCAGCGGAGAGGAGGGUGUCCCCCGGCUGCCCAAGGCCAAGCGGGCCGCUAUCAAGAUCCGCCCCGACGCUCGCGCACCUGAGCAGCAGCCCCAGCGUCUCCUCACCACCCUCUCUGCUGAGCAGCAGCGCGCCCAGAUGAGCCGACAGGCCCAGGUCUGGUUCGACCAGUCCAUCUUCAAGGACGUUGGUGACCUUGCUGCUCUGGACGGCGACGACGAGGACGAGGAGGACGGUGACGAUGAUAUGGACAGCGACGAUGAGGAUGAGGAUGAGGAUGACGAGGAGGAGGUGGACAGCGACAUUGAGAUGGGCUCGAGCCUCGAGUCGACUCUGGAGGAUGAGGGCGACGACGACGACGACGACUUUGAGAUUGUGCCCCAAGAGAAGGACGACGACCCCGAGUGGGAUGUCGACGACGAGGACCAGGACGCCGUGCUCCAGGAGAAGAUCAAGGAGAAGGGUCUCAACACUGCCGAAGCCGUCCAGCUUGCCACUCGCCUCGUCAACCGCGAGAUCACUGCUUCGCAGCUCAUCGACGAGGGCUUCAACCGUGGCUACAAGGACAAGGAUGGUCUUCCCUCGUGGUUCCUUGACGAGGAGUCCAAGCACUACCGCCCCAACAUCCCCAUCACCAAGGAGGCCGUCGCUGCUCUCAAGGAGCGCCAGCGUGCUCUCGACGCCCGCCCGAUCAAGAAGGUGGCCGAGGCCAAGUGGCGUAAAAAGAUCAAGGCGAACACCCGUCUCCAGCGUGCCAAGAGGAAGGCCGACGGUGUCAUGGAGACGGAGGACCUCAACGACGGCGAGAAGGCUCGCCAGGUCGCCCAGCUUCUCCGCCGCGCUGCUUCGGGCGAGAAGAAGAAGGAGACAAAGUACGUUGUCGCCCGUGGUGCCAACAGGGGUGUCAAGGGCCGUCCCAAGGGUGUCCGCGGUCACUACAAGAUUGUCGACGCACGCAUGCGCAAGGAGACUCGCGCACUCAAGCGUAUCGCAAAGUCCAAAAAGUCGAAGCGCAACUAG